AUGACUGCCUCUUCAUUCAAAAUCAUCAUCGUUGGUGCAGGACCGGCUGGACUACUCCUCGGGCUGCUACUCGCCAAGCAAAACAUCCCCGUUACCAUCGUGGAACAGUCUUCCAAGCUAGACGAGAACCCACGCGCAACCCACUACGCACCGCCCGCCAUCAAGAUCCUCAAUGGCGCAGGGAUUGGUGACGACUUGCGCUCGAAAGGACUUCUUGUCGAUACUGUUGCAUGGAGACGACUGGAUGGGUCAUACAUAGCUGGCCUUAACCACGCAACAGAGAGAGAUAGCCCUGAUCGAAUGGUUGCGCUACCACUCAAUGAAGUUGCACAGUUACUGAAAGACCAUGGUGCAAAAUUUCCAUCACUGAGCUAUCUGUUAAACCACAAAGUCAUUAGCAUUGGACAAGAUGAGUCCAAAGCCUGGAUUAAUGCAUUGGAUAAAACCACAGAAAAGGAAGUCCUGUUGGAGGCGGACUACAUCGUGGGAUGUGACGGUGCCAACAGUAUCAUUCGGAGAUCCCUAUUCGGGGACAUGGGGUUUCCAGGGAGAACAUGGGACGAGCAGAUUGUGGCAACAAAUGUAUACUAUGACUUUGGGAAGUUCGACUACAGCGAUUCCAACUUCAUCAUAGACCCCAAACAUUGGUACAUGGCGGCCAGGAUCACAAAAAACGGGCUAUGGCGUGUCACAUAUGGAGAGAUACCUGGCCAGACUAGAGACGAGCUGAUCGCUCGACAACCAAAGAAGUUCGAAGAAAUGCUUCCAGGUAGCCCAAAACCAGAUCAGUACAAGCUGGCUAGUAUCAGUCCUUACAAGGUCCACCAGCGCCUAGCUGAAAAGCUGCGAGUCGGACGUUUCCUAUUAGCAGCAGAUGCUGCACAUUUGUGUAAUCCAUUCGGAGGCCUGGGGCUCACAGGAGGGGUUGUGGACGUUCAGGGCCUAUACGAGUGUAUCCUGGGAAUUUAUCUCGGCAAAGCGGACGCGAGCAUUCUGGACGUGUAUAGUGAAGUCCGUCGACAGAAGUACCAGGAGAUUGUCGAUCCCAUCUCAUCCUCAAAUCUCCGGCGUAUGUUUACCGGCGACCCAGCCAAGAUUCUCGAAACAGACGAGUUUUUACAGAUGUGCAAGAAAGCAGAGACGGACUCUGAACUUGCAGCACGAAUGCUCCAGAGUGCACACUUAUUGAGCUACGACUUUACACAGCACUAUUACUCGUAA